AUGCUAUCGUCAUUUCUACGCUCUUUACCCCGGCGAAUUGGACCGACAUGGAAACCCCUCAACUUCUCCAAUCCGAACUACGUCCGGAUACCAGUAACCCAGAAAAUUGAAGAAGAAACCAUGCCGGAUUAUGUUGCUUCUCGGUAUUAUCCUGCUCGAAUAGGAGAUAUACUCAAGAAUCAGUAUCAAAUUGUAGGAAAGUUGGGAUUUGGAGCUAGCUCAACGGUUUGGCUUGCGCGGGAUAUGGAUUACCGUCGUUAUUUGGAUGACGAACUGCAGAUGUACCAACGCAUCGAGAAAGGUUCAACAAAUCAUCCAGGUCGCAGUGCUGUUAGAUCAUUACUUGAUUCGUUUAAUAUAGAUGGGCUUGAGGACAAACAUCGGUGUCUUGUACAUCCCCCAUUAUGCGAAAGUGUACUGACCUUUCUACACCGUAACCCAGUGCAGAGACUACCCCCACCAGUCCUAGCAUUUACACUCAAACGUCUGUUCCUAGCGCUAGACUACCUGCAUAGAGAAUGUCAUAGUAUACAUGCUGAUAUCAAGGCCGACAAUAUCAUGUUCGGUGUCGCCGAUGAUUCAGUCUUCGAUGAUUUUAUAGAGAACGAGCUUCACACCCCCUGUCCUAGAGAAGAGGUAGAUGGAAGAACCAUCUAUAUCUCUCAGGAGCUCGGAACCCCCAAGGAAUGGGGUGCUCCAGUUCUAUGCGACUUCGGCUCGGCUAUGCCAGGUGGUAUAGAGCACUUGGAAGAUAUUCAACCUAAUAUCUACCGAGCACCGGAGGUGAUUCUAGAAGCUCCAUGGACCUACAGCGUUGAUAUCUGGAAUGUGGGAUGUAUGAUUUCGAACGUUCUUGAGGGAGGGUCCUUAUUCACCGGCCAUGACCCAGAAUCUCAGGCUUAUCGAAGUCGGGCCCACCUUGCUGAGAUGAUAAGGCUACUUGGGCCCCCUCCACCCGAUCUUCUUGCCCAAGGGAACUUGAGCCAUAAGCUUUUCUCUGAUGGGGGUGACUUUUAUGCAAAGGCUCUGCUAGUUUUUUUGCGCCUAGUGCACAAAAUGCUGCAGUGGGAGCCGGCCAAGCGUAGUUCUGCUAAAGAAUUGCAACAGGACGAGUGGAUUCGUAAGACUUUAAGAGAGUAG